AUGGUUUUGAUAAAAUCUAUCUAUCUAUCUAUCUAUCUAUCUAUCUAUCUAUCUAUCUAUCUAUCUAUCUAUGAUAUAUCUGUUUUAUUCAUAUCUAUCUAUCUAUCUAUCUAUCUAUCUAUCUAUCUAUCUAUCUAUCUAUCUAUCUAUCUAUCUAUGGUUUUGAUAAAAUCUAUCUAUCUAUCUAUCUAUCUAUCUAUCUAUCUAUCUAUCUAUCUAUCUAUCUAUCUAUCUCAGUCUGUUCAGAUCUCUCUAUCUGGAAUUCUUUGUGUCAAGUACUAUUCACGCCUGGUAGUGCUAUUUCUUUCUUUCUUUUCUUUACUUUCUUUCUUUUCUUUUCUUUUUUCUUUUCUUUCUUUCUUUCUUUCUUUCUUUCUUUCUUUUCUUUACUUUUUUCUUUCUUUCGUUUCUUUACUUUCUUUUCUUUACUUCUUUCUUUCUUUCUUUCUUUUCAUUACUUUCUUUCUUUCGUUUCUUUUCUUUUUUCUUUUCUUUCUUUCUUUUUUUACUUCUUUCUUUCUCUACUUUUUCUUUCUUUCUUUUCAUUACUUUCUUUCGUUUCUUUACUUUUCUUUUUUCUUUUCUUUUCUUUCUUUCUUUCUUUUCUUUUCUUUCUUUCUUUUUUUACUUCUUUCUUUCUUUCUUUCUCUACUUUUUCUUUCUUUUCAUUACUUUCUUUCGUUUCUUUACUUUCUUUUCUUUUUUCUUUUCUUUCUUUCUUUUUUUACUUCUUUCUUUCUCUACUUUUUCUUUCUUUCUUUUCAUUACUUUCUUUCUUUCUUUCUUUUUCUUUACUUUCUUUCUUAA